GAUAACGAGGGAGUGCAGGUUGGGCGGUGCGUGCUCUCUGCAGACUACACGGCCCUGAUCUGUGGCCAGCUCUAUAUAUAAAUAGGUCUGGCUGGUCCGGCAUGCACGUUGUCGCUGUGGUUUGCUGAGAUCUAGAGAGCACUAAUAAUGCAGGCACACGAGAUCUUCAGAAGUCUUCGGAUCCCGGAGCUACGAGAUGUUCACCAAUAUGUCCGCACUCUUCCCACCAACACCUUAAUGGGCGUUGGUGCAUUCGCUGCUUUAACCACUUACUGGUACGCGACAAGACCAAAAGCCCUGAAACCCCCGUGUGACUUGGCCAUGCAGUCUGUGGAAGUGAAGGGACAUGAGAACGCCCGCAGAUCUGCACUGCUGGAUAGCGAUGAAGUCGUGAGCUACUACUAUGAUGAUGUCCGAACAAUCUAUGAAGUUUUCCAAAGAGGAAGAAGAGUGUCAAAUAAUGGGCCUUGUUUAGGACAUAGGACGCCUAAUCAGCCAUAUCAAUGGAUAUCAUAUCAAGAGGUAUCGGACAGAUCAGAGUAUGUGGGGUCUGCCUUGCUGCACAGGGGCUGUAAACCUAAUUCUGAACAGUUUAUUGGCAUUUUUGCUCAGAACAGGCCUGAGUGGAUAAUCACAGAACUGAGCUGUUAUACCUACUCUAUGGUGGCUGUUCCUCUGUAUGAUACGCUAGGAGCUGAAGCUAUUACAUACAUCAUAAACAAAGCGCAAAUUUCGUUGAUAUUCUGUGACAACACUGACAAGGCUAAGCUACUCCUAUCCAAUGUUGAAAAUGGAGACACGCCUAUCCUUCGCACCGUUGUGCUCAUGGAUCCUUUUGAUGAGGAUCUUGUGGAGCGUGGCAAGAAAUGUGGAGUGGAGAUCAUCAGCCUGAAGGAAAUAGAGGAGGAGGGUAGGGAUCAUCAUGAGAAACCAAAGCCCCCAAAGCCAGAAGACUUGGCAGUGGUUUGCUUUACAAGCGGGACGACUGGAAAUCCGAAGGGUGCAAUGCUUAGUCAUAAGAAUGUUGUAAGCAACAGUGCUGCUUUCCUUAAAGUAACCGAGGACUUGGCAUAUCCUUCUACUCAAGAUGUUCUCAUCUCUUUUUUGCCUCUGGCACAUAUGUUUGAAAGAGUUGUGGAGUGUGUCGUUCUCUGCCAUGGGGCUCGAAUAGGCUUUUUCCAGGGAGACAUCAGGCUGUUAAUGGAUGACUUGAAAGUUCUGCAGCCCACCAUUUUCCCAGUGGUGCCCCGUUUGUUGAACAGGAUGUUUGAUCGGAUAUUUGGGCAGGCAAAUACUUCACUCAAGCGCUGGCUGUUAGACUUUGCUUCAAAGCGGAAAGAGGCCGAGCUCCGCAGCGGAAUUAUACGAAAGGAUAGCCUGUGGGACAAGCUCAUAUUUCAGAAAGUUCAGAAUAGCCUUGGUGGAAAAGUACGACUUAUGAUUACUGGCGCAGCUCCUGUUUCUCCUACUGUAUUAACGUUCUUGCGGGCAGCUCUCGGUUGCCAGUUCUAUGAAGGCUAUGGACAGACUGAAUGUACUGCUGGCUGUUCACUUACUAUUCCCGGAGACUGGACAGCAGGUCACGUGGGUGCUCCUAUGCCCUGCAACCAUGUGAAGCUGGUUGAUGUAGAAGACAUGAAUUAUUUUGCAUCCAAAGGAGAAGGCGAAGUUUGUGUCAAAGGAACAAACGUUUUUCAAGGAUACUUGAAAGAUGACGAAAAAACUGCUGAAGCCUUAGACAAGGAUGGCUGGCUGCACACAGGAGAUAUUGGCAAAUGGUUACCAAACGGUACAUUAAAAAUUAUAGAUCGCAAGAAACACAUAUUUAAGUUGGCCCAAGGUGAAUACAUUGCACCAGAAAAAAUUGAGAAUGUCUACUUAAGAAGUGAGCCAGUGGUACAGGUGUUUGUUUAUGGAGAAAGCUUACAGGCUUUCCUUGUGGGUGUUGUGGUGCCAGAUCCUGACAGUGCAGUCAUCUGGGCCAAAAAGAGGAAACUGAAUGGCACUUAUGAAGAGCUGUGCAAGAAUAAGGACUUUAAAAAUGCCAUACUAGAAGAUUUUUUGAAACUCGGAAAAGAAGCUGGAUUAAAAACAUUUGAACAAGUAAAAGAUAUUGCUUUAUACCCAGAAAUGUUUUCAAUCCAGAAUGGCCUGCUGACUCCCACACUGAAAGCCAAGAGGCCAGAGCAGCGAAAAUACUUCCAGAAACAAAUUGAUGAACUCUAUGCCAAUAACAAUGUAUAAAAAGCAUCUUCAGUAUCACUUGCUUUCAAUCCACAAUAGAAACUUCAAAUCUGGUUGGUCAUAGGAAUAACAUGGAAGACAUUUCUACAAUGCCUUAUUGGUCACUCGUGUUCAUCUUCCUCUCAACUGUGACCAAAAAUAUUCAAAAACUAGGCCUUAAAAUGUGAAGGACGGCUACAUGUGAUUUAAGUCAUUUUGGACAUCUCGAAUAUGAAUGUUAAUCUCUAAAUCUCCCUUUUCUUGAUAUUUCUUCCCUGUAGUAAUAUUAUUUCGUGGAUGUUUGGUGUAUGCUCUAAAUGGCUUGGCAGAAGUGAAUGUAACCAGCACAUGUGUGCAUGUCAGUUUUAUCCAUGUCACAAUUUGGUGUCAUCCACAUACUGUUCCUUAUUUCUUCCCUGCUCUGUCUGAUUCUGUAACAGAUUUAACAGGCUUAUUUAACAAGGCAGUGCAAAGAGCGAUGAUGGGCUGGUGGGUUGAGGUCAAACAGGUACUUAUACUUUCAGUGGUGUUUAACUGACGCUUACCUUGGCUGUUUGUAGGAUUUUGUAUGUUCCUUGCGACAGAAAUCGCAAAAUCUGUAAUAAUGUCAGUACGUUGCACAUUGUCUCCCCCUCAAGUUCUUGGGAUGCUGAUAUAGCAAAAUCUCUCUGCUACCAUGCUCAACCGAUACUGUGUUCGAAGUAGUUCUAAUGUGCCAUCAUGACACACAUUUGAAUGCAGAGUCAUUAAUUUAUGAGUGUGUGAAAUGUGUCUGUCUGGCCUUCCCUGAACUCACAGCAAUCAGGUUAAAGUAUGCAUUUCUUAAGUGCACAUCAGAACAGAAAAUUAAUAAUCGCUUCCUUUUUUUGGGUGGGGGGGUGUGACACUGCACAUUGACCUCUGCCUCAUUAAAUAAGGCCAUCAAUCUUUAAUUUCAAGUCACCAACCUGCUUUGCCAUAUCAGAUCUUAUCCUGCAAUUUUGUAUAUACUGGUUUAAAAGGAUAAAGGCCUGCACAAUGGAAGCAGAUUACUUCACUUUUAUUAUAGUCCUCUUUCUCACAUGCUGCAGGGGUGGGUUUCGUUAUAGUAGGGUUGUGGUAUUUUAAAGAGGUAGUAUUUAAAAUUUUACCAUGGUCUUUAGAAAUACACAGGUACACUUAAAGAAAAAGCAUUCUGCACACUUUUUAAAAUAUAAUUUAAACACCGGUGGCUUAUUUAGUAAGGUGGUUCAGUGUGCAGUCCUGAGGUCCAAAGAUCAAAAAUAACCAGAUUUCAGUCUGCCAGCUGGAUCAAUGAAAGAUGAUUGUGAUUGGUUCCUGUGGGUCACUGCCCUAAUAAAUAAGCCUCAUAGUCCUUUUUUUCCCUCCUGUAGGAAUUUUUUCUUCCAUGUCAAAGCUGCUAGGGGGCUGGGGGCUUGUCCUUGCCACUGGUUCAGUAAACAUAUAAAAAGUGCAAUUAUUGCUGACUUGUCUGAUAAUAUUUAAUAAGGGAAUGAAUGAGCAGUUCUUUUGGGAGAGAAAGUAGAGCGAUUAUUGUCAGCGUUUACUAGUUUUAAGGCUUUUUGAGGUGUUCGUGUACAGGUGUUUUUUUAUUAAAUGCAAGACACAAGGGAAUUGUAUACAAGCACAACAAUGGUUUGCACUAUGUAAAGACCUGUGUGAUUUAUGAAGAUGCACUGUAAACUAGGGUAAGGAAAAAAAAGUCAUUGCACAGUUUAGAAUGAAUUUUUAUGAAAAUGAUGCAUGACGUGUUAAAAAGGAAUUUAACUGUAUAACGAACGGUAUUGAUAUUGUACAAACCAAAAUCUUUCUGUCCUGCUUCCCUUAUCACUCCCUUCCAAAAAUGAAGGAAACCAAAAUAAAUGAUUAUUACAUUGUACAACU